AUGACGGUCAAGGCUAGUCACAGCUUCUCUGACAGACACCACUUAUAUACACUGGACCUCCCUGUUUACAUUACUACUUCGCCCGAGGUGAAGGUUCAGAUGUAUGCUGAUGACAUAAAAAUAUAUGCCGCAUACGAUACUACCAGCAAGAGUGAAGUUCAAGCAGCUUUUAGCCUAUCCCUAGGCCGAGUGGGCGGCAUCUGGGGCUUGACGAUCAACUUGAACAAGUGUUCCCUUCUGCACUUUGGGGAUAGCUUUUCUCCGAGGUAUGAAAUCAGUGAGACAUUCCUGGAAGGCUGCAGUAAGUUCAAGGAGCUUGGAGUCGUAUUAUAA